AUGCGUAGCAAGUUCCUUGGACAGCUGAUGAUCUUUCUUAAUAGCAUCGUCAGUUCCAUAUUCUGUGGACAUCUGGGGAAGGUCGAGCUGGAUGGUGUCACGCUCGCAGUAUCGAUUGUGAAUGUCACUGGGAUUUCAGUUGGAACUGGCUUGGCUUCCGCUUGUGACACGCUAAUGUCUCAGUCCUUUGGAGGCAAGAACCUAAAACGUGUGGGGAUCAUACUUCAAAGAGGAAUCCUCAUCUUGAUGCUGUGUUGCUUUCCUUGCUGGGCCGUCUUCAUCAAUACCGAGCAUAUCCUCCUGCUCUUAAAACAAGACCCCGAAGUCUCCAGGAUAGCCCAGAUUUAUGUGAUGGCUUUUAUUCCUGCUCUUCCCGUAGUAUUCCUGUUCCAGCUGCAGACAAGAUAUUUACAAAAUCAGGGCGUCGUCAUGCCUCAGGUUAUUACUGGGAUUGCAGCGAAUGUCGUCAACGUGGGCAUGAAUGCUCUCCUGCUGUAUGCCCUGGACCUCGGAGUGGUAGGAUCUGCCUGGGCAAACACCACGUCCCAGUUCUUCCUGUCUGGCCUUCUUUUCCUGUACAUAUGGUGGAAAAAAAUCCACAUCGACACUUGGGGAGGUUGGACUAGAGACUGUUUCCAGGAGUGGGACUCCUACAUCCAGCUGGCUAUUCCCAGUGUGUUCAUGCUGUGCAUUGAGUGGUGGACCUUCGAGAUCGGAACCUUCCUUGCAGGACUGAUUAACGUGACAGAACUUGGAGCCCAGGCCAUCAUUUAUGAACUGGUCUCUGCAGCCUACUUGGUGCCCCUUGGCUUUGGUGUGGCAGCCAGUGUUCGAGUGGGCAAUGCUCUGGGGGCAGGGGAUGCUGAGCAGGCUCGGCACUCCUGCGUCACUGUUCUCCUGUGUGCCGGUGUUGGUGCACUUGUAGUGGGGGUUUCACUUGCAGCUUUGAAGGAUGUGGUUGCCUACAUAUUUACCAGUGACGAAGAGAUUAUUGCCCUUGUGAGCCAAGUGAUGCCUAUUUUUGUUCCAUUUCAUCUAUUUGAUGCACUUGCAGGCACCUGUGGUGGAGUCCUGAGAGGUACAGGAAAACAAAAGAUUGGUGCCAUCUUGAAUGCCAUUGGUUAUUAUGGUCUUGGUUUUCCCAUUGGAGUAUCUCUGAUAUUUGCUGCUAAACUUGGGAUAAUAGGUCUCUGGUCUGGAUUGACAGUUUGUGUCUUCCUUCAAGCCCUUUUCUACAUGGUGUACAUCUGGGGGAUCAACUGGACUAGAGUUGCAGAGCAGGCGCAGGUUCGAGCUGGGCUGAAAGGAAUUACAGAGACCGUGCCUACUCCGACAGAUCUGCCUACCUUGAAAAAGGAGGUAACCGAUGGAGUGAUUUUACCCGAUGUCAUCAGACCAGAGAGCCAGACCACCCAACUGAUGAAAAUGGAGGAAAACAACCAGUACACAGUGCCCACCAUUGGAGAUGUUUUGACAGUGAGCCAGUUGAUUUUCUAUCGAGGAAUAGCUUUAGUUGUUGCUGUUGCUGUUCUUUUAGCAGGAAUUUUAAUAAGAGUUUUCAAUGAGCGUGGCUAA